AUGGCCCUCGCCACCUUUACGUGCAGUGUGAUGCAGUGUGGAGCUGGUGGCGGGGAGGUGAUGGCCCUCGCCGCCCUUACGUGCAGUGUGAUGCAGUGUGGAGCUGGUGGCGGGGAGGUGAUGGCCCUCGCCACCAUUACAUGCAGUGUGGGGCUAGUAGAGGAGAAGGUAAUGGACCUCGCCGUCAUUGUAUGCUGUGUGGAGCUGAUGUGGUGCCAAGUGGCCCCGUGUGGGGCUCGUGGCAGGGGAGGUAAUGGUCGGUCGUGUCGGUGA